AUGCCUGGGCUUAUCCAAGAGUCACCCUUCAAAACCAUCACGGUCAAGGAGUUACAUCCUGCGUUCGGUGCUGAAGUCAGUGGCGUUAACUUUCAAGACCUGUCUGGCGAGCAGUUUAGAGAAAUAGUUGCUGCCAUGGCUAAGUACGGUGUGUGCGUCUUUAGGAACACGGGUCUGGAUGACAUAGCCCACGUUAGAUUCUCCGAACGAUUCGGGGAGCUUGACAACAUCCGCCGAUAUCUUAUGGGAGGACGGAAACCCCGAUACGAGCUUUACGAGCUGUUCGACGCGGGGAAUAUAGAUGCCGAGACUGGUGGGAUCCUCGAUCCGGAGAGUGCACGGGCGCACUCUAAUAGGGGUAAUGGGCUCUUCCACGCGGACUCGACAUUUAACCCGCGGCGAGCAUCGUUCUCUCUUCUACGCGCCUGUGAGCUUCCUCCUCCGGGACAUGGAGGCAACACAGAUUUUGCCGAUUCGCGAACUGCCUUUGAAGAGCUACCUAAAGAUCUGCGAGAUGAACUCCUUUCACAUGACUACGUGGGUGCGCACUCAAUGGCUCAUUCGCGAAAACUCGGUUCGCCCUCCUUCUUCGAGGACGUUGACCCGACUAAAUCACCGAUGCAACGCCAUCGAAUUAUACAACUCCAUGAGCCUAGCGGACGAAUGAAUCUAUUUAUCGGUGCCCAUUUACACCAUAUUGAGGAGAAUGGCAAGGAGAUCCCGAAUUCCUGGGACCUGGUCCAACGACUCAAUCAGCAUGCCACACAGAAGAAGUACACCACCAGUGUGCAGUGGGACAACCCCAGUGACUUGGUUAUCUGGGACAACCGAUGCGUGCUACACCGAGCAGGUAGUGGCACCUUUGAGGGCAAAUUCAAGCGUGACUUGAGGCGAACGACAGUCCACGAUGAUAGUCCGACGGCUUGGGGGUUGAAUUCAAAGGAUAUCGCUUGGGAAGGUUUUAACUCACAGGCAAAGCCCAAACACGCCGGAGCAGUUGGGGUGUAA